UCCGGUGGGUGCCACCCGCAGCUGAGAGCCCGGGACGUCCGGAGCUCUGGGAGUAAUCCUCGCUCCAGCCUCUCGCCGGCCGGGGAGCGAUCGGUCUGGGUAGCCUGGGACCCAGGCACCGCCAUCCGUGAUAAAGAAGCUGUCUGGAGAGCAAUCAUCCCAGAUCUGUAAGAAACCAGCCGUCCGAGAAGCCGCGGAUCUCAGGCGCCCAGGAUCGUUAGGACUGAACAGGAGGGUAAUCACAGGCUCUGAACCGUCGGGAGCUGUCCCUGACGUAACCCACAAGGCACCUCCGUCCGCCUUGACGGACGGUUUGGGGAACCGCACCGCUGCGGCGGGAGCACGCACGGGCUGGGGGCCGGGUGCAACCGUCGGGGGAAAUCCACAUCCAGGCUCAAGCCGGGCCACCGACUCCUGGGCCCGGGGAGAGCCCCAGGCCUCCGCCGCCAUUGCGCCCAAGAGUGAGGAAGAUUUGCUGGCCCUGGCCGCGUCCCGGCUGAGCCGCCGCAAGCGGGUGGCCGGCGCGGCCGUCGGGGUGGCCAUGGUGCUACUGCUGCUGGUCGCCAUCCCGCUGCUGGUGCACAGCUCCCGCGGGCCCGCGCACUACGAGAUGCUGGGUCGCUGCCGCAUGGUGUGUGACCCGCACGGGGCCCGAGGCCCAGGCCCCGACGGCGCGCCAGCUUCCGUGGCCCCCUUCCCGCCGGGCACCAAGGGAGAGGUGGGCCGGCGCGGGAAGGCAGGCCUGAGGGGGCCCCCAGGACCGCCAGGCCCCAGAGGGCCCCCAGGAGAGCCGGGCAGGCCAGGUCCUCCUGGCCCUCCCGGCCCAGGCCCAGGAGGCGUGGCUCCUGCUGCUGGCUACGUGCCUCGAAUUGCCUUCUACGCGGGCUUGCGGCGGCCUCAUGAGGGUUACGAGGUGCUGCGCUUCGACGAUGUGGUGACUAACGUGGGCAACGCGUAUGAGGCAGCCAGCGGCAAGUUCACUUGCCCCAUGCCAGGUGUCUACUUCUUCGCUUACCACGUGCUCAUGCGCGGAGGCGACGGCACCAGCAUGUGGGCAGACCUGAUGAAGAACGGACAGGUCCGGGCCAGCGCCAUUGCUCAAGACGCGGACCAGAACUACGACUACGCCAGCAACAGCGUCAUUCUACACCUGGAUGUGGGAGACGAGGUCUUCAUAAAGCUGGAUGGCGGGAAGGUGCACGGCGGCAACACCAACAAGUACAGCACCUUCUCCGGCUUCAUCAUCUACCCAGACUGAGCGGCCCACCCCCCGCCCCUCCGCCCUGCUCAUCCUUUCAUUCCCUUCCUUACCCGUUUACAGCUGGCCCCACCCAAGGCGCCACCCCCUCCUUUGAGAACCUGGCGGUGGGGUGGACCCUUUUGCUCCCAGAGGUGGCCUAAAUGGGCGGACUUUUGGUGCUCAAGGGUAGAAGUGGCUGGGGAGGGGAGGAGGCAGGGCUGGAGGAGGAGCACAACGGCAUCCCGCGGGACCACCAGCAUCCACCUGUGAGCUUGUGAAAGUCGGGUCCAGAGAGGGGUGGAGGUCGUGGCUUUUUCUUUUGUCCGGAGAUGGGCAGCUGUUUCACUAGCCAGGGCUCAGAAAGCUGACGGGAAGCCCUGACAGCUUGGGAGGGAAAGAACAGAAACAGAAGGAGCCCAUCUAGGCGAGAGGAGACAUUAAAACAGGGUAGGGCUGGUUCUCUGUCAUGACAACUUUCUCUUGCCACGCCCUCCUCCCCUCAUCUCCACUUUCAGGCUCCAGGCUCCAGCCUUGGCAGCUUUUCUGUGAACUGGAGGAACCAGUGAAUUCUUUCCUGGCAUUUAACACUCAUUCUGUACAGUUCCCAUUCCACCCCUAUCCCGGCUAGGCUUAGGGGCUACAGCUGCUGUUGCCUUUUCCAAUAAAGUGAGGUUGGGGGAUUGUGUUUGGCUGCUUAA